AAAAAACGGCGCUCAAUAAAUUUACAUAUAGAAAAAUGAGAAAUAACAAUUAACAACAAAAAGCGCGCGUCGUGUGUUCCGUUUCAGUUUAUUUCAGUUUUCAGUACAUUAUUUAAUUGCGUAGUCUUUUUGGUUUUGCUGUCUUUGUGUCUGAGCUGUGGAAGCUAUUGACUGUGUGAGAGUGAGAAAGAGAGGAGCAAAACUUCGCUUCUCUGGAGGUGGGGGCGGAGGGUGUUGUGUUUGUGAAAAGAGACUCGUAUAGAAAAACAGUGCUGCGGCUCGGAAUCAAUAUCGAUGGUACGCACCAAAAACCAAUCGUCGUCAUCCAGCGCCAGCAGCAGCACCAAGUCGCCGGUCAAGAUCAGCGGAGGUGGCAGCAGCGGAGCCAAUCGCAGCCGCAGCUGCAGUGAAGCAUUAAUCGAUGACGGCAAAACUAGUUCGAAAUUGUCGUCGAAUCGUCAACGCGCUACAAUAACAGCAACAACAACUACAUCCACAACUCCGGGCAGUUCACCAGACGACGACACCACCGAUGCGGAUUUGACACCGACCAGUGGAUACGGGCCAAGAGGCGGCACUUCGGUGCACAAGCAAAACCUCUACGUUGUUUCAUUUCCCAUUAUAUUUCUGUUCAACGUUUUGCGCUCUCUGAUUUAUCAGCUGUUCUGUAUUUUUCGCUACUUGUACUGUGCGAGCACAAAGGUGAUCUAUCGCAGUCCGCAUCGACGCGACUGCAACAUCGAGAUCGUUGUCCAGAACUCCAAGGAACAACAGUCUAUAAUUUGUCCAUUGGAGCGGAAUACGAGCGACGGCAUUGAAAAGGCCCAACAAGCACUGCCCCAAAGACAACGCGCGUUGCUCCCAUUAGAAAUGGCAACCAAUCGAGGCGGCAGCGGUGGCUACUCCCCGGGCCCCGGUGAUCCGCUGCUGGCCAAGCAGAAGCAUCACCAUCGACGCGCAUUCGAGUACAUUUCCAAAGCUCUCAAAAUCGACGAGGAGAACGAAGGCCACAAGGAGCUGGCCAUUGAGCUGUAUCGCAAGGGCAUCAAGGAGCUGGAGGAUGGCAUUGCUGUUGACUGCUGGAGCGGACGCGGUGAUGUCUGGGAUCGCGCCCAGCGCUUGCACGAGAAGAUGCAAACUAAUCUCUCCAUGGCACGCGAUCGUCUGCACUUUCUCGCUUUGCGUGAGGAAGAUUUGCAAAUGCAACGUUUGUCCCUGAUGGAUCCGCCAAAGAACAAGCAGCAGGUCACAUCGAAAUUCAAGCAACCCAUGCUCGUGGGCCAAACGAAUAGCAAAGCGACGGCCGUUGAGCCGCCAAAGAUAACAAUGCGCAGCAGCGGCUAUGGACCCAAACCCGUCAGCGGCACGGGGUCCAGUGCAGGCACCUCGAAAGCCUUGCAAGCGGCAUCUGGUCGCAAAUUAACCAUUGGCAACAAGCGCCCCGGCAAUCUGGCCGUCGCUAACAAGUCACAAACGCUGCCGCGCAAUCUUGGCUCGAAGACGACCUCCACAUACGUGGGCGCUGCCCUGCAGCGUCAGCCGGGCAAAACGGCAGCGACUCCACCGGCUGUGCGUCGCCAAUUCUCAUCGGGACGUAAUACGCCGCCGCAGCGCUCACGCACGCCCAUCAACAACAAUGCAGCCAGCGGCAGUGGCAGCGGCAGCGGCGCCAGCACGCCCAUGAUAAGUGUAAAGGGUGUGGAGCAGAAGUUGGUGCAGAUCAUAAUGGACGAAAUAGUUGAGGGUGGCGCCAAGGUGGAGUGGACCGAUAUUGCUGGCCAGGAUGUGGCCAAGCAGGCGCUGCAGGAGAUGGUCAUAUUACCAUCCGUCCGUCCUGAGCUCUUUACAGGCCUGCGCGCACCUGCCAAGGGUCUGCUGCUGUUCGGACCGCCAGGUAAUGGCAAAACGUUGUUGGCACGCGCCGUGGCCACCGAGUGCAGUGCGACAUUCCUCAACAUCUCGGCUGCCUCGCUGACCAGCAAGUACGUGGGCGAUGGCGAGAAAUUGGUGCGCGCUCUGUUUGCGGUGGCUCGCCACUUGCAGCCAUCGAUAAUAUUUAUUGACGAGGUCGACUCGCUGCUCUCGGAGCGCAGCAGUAACGAGCAUGAGGCGUCGCGUCGCCUCAAAACUGAAUUCCUGGUUGAAUUCGAUGGGCUGCCAGGCAAUCCGGAGGGCGAUCGCAUUGUUGUGCUGGCGGCGACCAAUCGUCCGCAAGAGCUGGACGAGGCUGCAUUGCGUCGGUUUACCAAGCGUGUCUACGUAUCGCUGCCCGAGGUACAGACACGCGAACUACUAUUAAGUCGUCUGCUCCAGAAGCAGGGCAGUCCGCUGGAUACGGAAGCUCUGGCACGUUUGGCGAAAAUAACCGAUGGCUAUUCGGGCUCCGAUCUAACCGCGCUGGCCAAGGAUGCCGCCUUGGAGCCCAUACGUGAACUAAACGUGGAGCAAGUCAAGUGUCUGGACAUCAGCGCUAUGCGCCCCAUCACCGAGAAGGAUUUCCAUAAUUCGCUGAAGCGAAUACGCCGUUCAGUGGCGCCGCAAAGUCUCAACUCGUACGAGAAAUGGUCGCAGGAUUAUGGCGACAUUACCAUUUAGUUUGGUUGCGUUUCGUAUUGUAAUUCCUUUGACGUUCAAAUUUGUUUGUUUAUUUUUUUUUUUUCUUUGGUGAAACCCACCCAACUACAGAUGCUUGGCAUAUAUGCCCAGCGGGCAGUCCAAAGCUAAACACAAUUGCAGAAACUAGGCCACCACGCCCACUUCUCCACGUCCAUGGCCACGUAGGCACACACAGCUUUAGAGGCCGACCCGAACGUAUUGUGAUGUGAGUGACGGAAUUUAAAUUUUGUUGUGUUGCUCGUGCUGCGUUGCACUUGCAACGUGCAGCAUGCAACCGCAUUAGUUUUCAUCAUUGACUCGUAUUUUAAAUAAUUUUCAAGAGCGUUUCAUUAGGAGUUUAGAUUUUAUCUUCGUAGUGUUUAAUUGUUUUCACGAUUUUUGUUGAUUUAUGUAUGAAUAUGGAAAUGUAAUUGAAAUCAUUUGUUUAACAUUUCUCUCAUACAAGUUGAGUGUAUUUAGGAUAUAUGUUUAAGAAUAUUGUACGAAAAAUUGUCAUUCUAAGUUUUCUUUUAGUAAUGCUAUGUUAAAACACGGUGCCGAGAUCAUAGUACAUGUGAAUUAUUAAUAAUAAGCGAUACUGUCAAA